UCGUCAUCACCGUGUGGACCGAGCGCAGUGGCUGUCACCAAAAACAACAACCACGGCAGCAGCCCCACACAGCACGUGUCUGUCCGUGCGUUCAGGGGCGUGAACACAACACACGCGACACACGGCAGAGGACGAUCCCAUGUCACCGGCAGAAGAUGACGAAUAUUUCUUCAAACUGGCCCAAGAAAGUGACGACGCCGCAGCCGUGGCGCUGUCCAUUCACCUGCAGCAGCUGCAGCAGCAGCGGCCACGAGAAUUGUCCGACGGGACGCACGUGGCCACCAGCGGGGCCACCACCGUGGCCACCACCGGAGCAACGGAGGCCACCGCCACGGCCGGGCUGUCCCGGUUGGCCUCCCUGCGCAGGGGCUCUGCCCGCGACUCCCUGCUGCACUACGCGGGACGCCUGGGGCGGCCUCGCCUCCUCGCCCUGCUGCUCGCCCCGCCGCUCGGCGCCGACCCCGAGGCCGCGAACCGCGAGCACAAGAGGGCCCUGCACGAGGCCGCGGCGGGCGGGCACGGGCCCUGCGUGCGGCUGCUGCUGCGGCACGGGGCCAGGGUGGACAGCCUCAAGCGGGCGGACUGGACGCCGCUGAUGAUGGCCUGCACCCGUGCCGGCUCGCUGGACGUGGUUCGCGAGCUGCUGGCGCACGGGGCCAGCCUGUCUGUGCGCAACAAGGACGGCUGGAGCGCGCUGCACGUGGCGUGCCGCACGGGCGAUUCGGCGGUGGUGGGCGCUCUGCUGGACGCGUCGCCCGCAGCGUGGGACACGCGCAGCUCUGUGGGCCGCACUCCGCUCCACACCGCCGCCAUGCACGGCAACUUGGAAGUCACGCAGAUGUUGCUGGACAGGUGCGCGUUUGUGCCCGACGGCCGUGACAGCUGCGGCGUGACCCCGUUCGUGGACGCGGUGAGACAUGGCCACCUGGACGUGGCUCGGCUGCUCCUGGAGAAGCACCAGUCGGCCGUGAACGCCACCGAUGCCGUGGGCGCCCAGGCGCUGCACUUGGCCGCCGUCACCUGCCAACUCGACGCUCUCCGCUUCCUCGUGGAGGAGCUGGGCGUGGACGUGAACGUGCAAGACGCUCGCGCCUGCCUCAGCGCCGUGCACUAUGCCGCCAAGGAGGGACACGUAAGCGCCAUAGAGACUCUGCGCUCCCUGGGGGCCGACCUGCACGCCACGGACGCCAAAGGCAGGACCGCGCUGCACGUGGCGUGCGCGGCUCAGCGCGCGGAGUGCGUGCGCGCACUGCGCGCAGCCGGGCUGCUCAACGCGGAGGACGCGGAGGGGCGGACGCCUCUCUCCCUCGCGCAAAAACCUCCUGUCGUCAGCGCCAUGGAGGAGCCCAGCUGAGGAGCGCCGCUCGCACGCCGCCAAGCAAGCGGUGUCCCCUUCUCGCUCUGCUGCGCGCGUGUACACCCGUGCGCGCGCAUCGAAAGCCGCAGCGUUUUUGGGAGACUCGACGGGGGACACGCGGUGAUGAACGAGACAGGACCCCCUGCGACCAUCAGCGCCUCCCACUUUUACAUCGCCAAGCCCGCUCGGUCACCAUCCCAGUGCACACAGUGAGCCGAUUGGCUCUUUCUCACGGUGGUCAUAGGCCACACUCACUCCACUGACAACCUCACCCACUACUCAGAUAGCCCCGCCCUUUGCCCAUACCAUCAGUCUCUGGAUAAGACUAUUAUAUUUUAAAUCGGAACAAAAUCGGCCCUCCAUUUGUAGCAUGUGCAGACCUUUGUCAAUCCACUGCGGGUUGGGGGUCCCUCCCCACACCGUGUGGACUAUACUUCACGUCGCCGGUCAGUGUGGGUUGGAGGAGGUGUGGAGCGCAUACAUGGGAAGCAUGGUUAAGUACAACAAUAGAUGUUCGCAAGAUAGCUCUGAAGCAGCAUGUGACAUGUUUUAUGAUUGGCGGUUGCCAUUCAAGUGGUCAACCCUGCUUAGCCUCGAGAUCUGAUCAAAUCGGAUGCAUUCAGAGGUGAAAUGGUCAUCGGUGUGGUACUAAAGUUUUUUUAGAGAUUCCUUAUUCAUGAGAUGGAUGCCAUUUAAUUAUUCUUCGUUGGGGAGAAUCUAUCGGUGUUAGAAUUUUUUUUUUGUAAAUAUCAAAUUUGAAAUAUAUAUUAACGUUGUAUAAUAUAGGAUAGAACAAGAAUAUGAUUUAAGGUAGGGGAGCAGGGGUACAGUAUGAGAAGUUUAAGUGGUAGACAUUCGUGUCAUUGUCUUGGAUGUACAGGGGCAGACCUUUUAUCAAUGAACUGCUAGAUGGACUCCGACACUGUGUAGGCCACGUGGGUUAUUGGAGGCAGGGAGCAUAGAUGUAGGGGCAUACAAGUACAAUGCAACGACGGCUUUUUGAGGCACUACCUCUUGUAACAAUUUCUGGAUAAAAUAAAGGCUGUGAGGGGAGUGCAGGCCUCAGGUGUCCAUGUGAAAUGGCAGGAUUUAGGCUGGAAAAUUACUGUGGAUCACUUGUGGGGUUUUUUCGCCUGAUACAUCCAUUUCAUGCAGAUGGAUAUUGGUUAGUAACGAUUCAUUCAAAUGACCUGCCAAUGUAACGGACAAUUGGAGCAAUGUAUAUUGUACAAGCUGGUAAUUGAAAAUAGUAUUAGUGACGAGCGAGACGAAUCGAUUGUUGAAGGGAAUCAUUGUGACCCCGAAUCGCGACGUGUCCAGUUUUAGGGGAGCUCUCGUUUACAAAUUACAUUUCUCUCCCAUGGACUCCAUAAGUGGACGCAAAAAUAACACACGUGCUGCCUUUGUGUGAACACUGCUCAGUUAUGUCUUGGAGUUAUCACCAGUCUAAGUCUACCCGUUAUUUUAUCAAAGGCCUACUCAAGCCGUCUCCAUCUUCCACGUUCUUGCGAGUCAACAAUCUGCUUAAUGUUUGUGGAUGCAUUUUAACAAUGUAGGGUUAAGCUGUAUGAACAUUAUCAUACAAUGACCUGAAGGAGAUUGUAAAGAUGGCUUGGUUUACUAGGGAAGCAUACUGCUUCAUAAUAUACCCGUUUCACAGUUCCCUGCUUUAAGAUACAGCAAUGGGAGCCGACAUGCACCGUUUAAUAAUUAAUGACCCAUUCUCAAUGAUGUCAAAGAUAAUAUUGUGGUGGCAUUUUGGCAUAAGAGGUCUCCAUCCUAUUUGGGUCUUAGAGUGCAAGAGCAGUUUGGCCAGAUGGGCUGAAGCAGCGGGAGUGUGCGGAGGUGAAGUUGUUUAUCAAGGAGAUUGCUUUAAUUUCAGAGGCAAUUUGACCACCGCUGCUCAGACUGCUGCAUAGCCAGAUGUGCUCUUGAGGAGCGUGUGCUUUGAGACUGGCUGUGUCACCUUUAACAACGGCAAUUUCACCACUCCCCUCGCCCACCACUAAGUGCAGCGUAUUCUGCUUUCAAAUGGCGAGCCCAAUUAAGGCAGCCCAAAGGCCGUGCGGAGGUGCUGCACCCAUUUUUAACCUUUUAUCUUGUUCCACGGAACGUUUGUCCCACGAGGUGGACUCCGCUCGCCGAGUCUCUCUCCAGCCUUCGACCCAUCGCCGUCCACAGUAACGCCGCCGCCGCCACCGCCGCCGCAUGCUCUCACGUCCUUGUCGGUAACAUUGUCGCCGCGUCUUCUUCGCCUUUUUGUCUCUUUCCCUCGACUGGCACUUUCAGAACUCUUUCCAACGUCGUCUUCCGAUCAGCUGGUCACUUGUCCGAACCACCUCGGUCUAUUCUCACUCAAUUUCUCUCUUGGCCGUGCUCCUAUCACCCAAAAAACCCCCUGCGUCUCACACGAAUGUUUUCUAUACUCUUUGGUUCUUUCGGUAAAAUCACGUAGGUAUAAAAUAAAUCACGACGUUUCGGGCGCAACACAAGCGUCCAUCAGCAGGUGGGAAAGCAUGGUCUGCUGCUGAGGCAGACUGUUUUAAAAGGUUUUAUACCAAAGAGUAUGGAUUUCUGCAGUCACGAAAGGCAAAUCACGAUGUUUUCUACUUUCCUCACAUAUUCAUCUCAGGCGUUCUCAUCUCCCGUCACCCUCGUCACGUUCGCCAGCCGUUUCUUUCAUGCUCAGCGGCCCGAGCCAUAUGAAUGCUGAACUUAUCACUGCCCUGUUCGCUAUUCCCUGAAGGCGAAUUGGCUUUGACUUCCUGCACACCACUCCACUCACUUUUCCUCCACUUUGUCCAUUCUUCGUUUAUUCUGCUCCUGAUCUCCGUGUCGAUCUCGUCAUUAUUUUUCCACUGUGGAUCCCAAAUCCAUCAAUUCUUUAAGGAGUGAGCAAGAUCCGACACGAGGGAAGAGAAUAGCGCCAUAACCUUCAACAGACACACAGUAGCAUGUGCAGAAUGCACGCGACCUUUGUGAAUUAUGCAAAAAACCUGUUCGUGAAGAAUUGCGCUGUGGUCAUCUUAAUUCAAAUGUUGUGAUGUAGGUGUGUGGUGUGGGUGUGUGCUGUAGUAGGUAUGUGCUGUAGAUAUGUGCUGGCUGUCCAGUUUCAUUUGCCGCUUUUCAUCAUUCUCAUCUGAAUAUGCAACCAGCCCUCGGAUCGAAGAAAGUUAGAAACAAACGAGGGGGUGAUUGGUCAUGGUUAUCGCCAAACUACAUCACUGUGUGAAUUUCUAUUGCAAUAAAACCUCUGAAACAU